UCUGUCACCUGAAGCUACUGUGACUGGAGGGACACACACAGAUAUGAAUAUAGACAGGCAUCAAUGAGGAGGGUACAGCGCAAGAGGGAGGGUGACCCAACACCUGGUGACCCGCAACAUAGAUACUUAUCACCUGGUGAUCCGCAACAUAGAUACUUAUCACCUGGUGAUCCGCAGAACCUGGACUUGACAUCUGGUGAUUCGCAGCUGAGGUACCAGACACACGGGUACCCGCAACACAGUGGUCUAGAAGUUGUGGAGCCACAAUACAGGUACCAGGCACACGGUAACUCGCAGUUCAAGAGUUUGGAAGUCAGUAAUCCACAACACAGGAACCAGGUACAGAAUAACCCACAACACAGGAACCAGCUACAGAAUAACCCGCAACACAGGAACCAGCUACAUAAUAACCCGCAACACAGAAGCCUGGAUGUCAAUGAAUAUAGGAGCCCAGCACUAAGUGACUCGCAACCCAGCUACCAUAUACAUAGUGACCCGCAAUACAGGGCAGCACCUCCAGGUGAUCUGCAAGAUAUGGACCAACAUCCGAGACAAACACCAGACCCUCAGCUUAGGAGCAAGCCCCCUCCUGAGCAACAACAUAAAAACCAACCCCGCUCCAGUCCGCAACACAGGGACCCUCAGCGUGCUGAUUCACAGCGGAGAAAGCCCCCUAAUGACCCCGGUUACAAAUCCCCCGGUGACCUCCCGCAAUCCCUAGUUGACCCGCUCCAGACGGUGCUCCUGGGGGUCGGACGACCGCUGCUCCGGGUGGUGCUGUGCCUCCUCCCGGUUUAUGUGUGCGGGCGCCUGGGGCUCAGCCUUACCUGGGUUCUUUUUGGGCUGUUUUUAUGGAUGUUCUGGGACCGUAACAAAAGCUCAAAACUUGCCAGACUACGGGCGGCCUGGGACCUUAUGGACAAUGAGAGUCUGGAGGUGACCCGCGGGCUGAACAAUCAGCAGCUGCCCGCCUGGGUGAAUUUUCCGGAUGUAGAGCGCGUGGAGUGGAUAAACAAGGUCCUGAAACAGAUGUGGCCAUACUUUGGGAUGUAUGUUGAAAAGUUGUUGCAUGAGAAAGUUGAGCCUCUGGUGAGAUCAACCAACGUGCACCUCAGUGCUUUCACUUUCACGAAGGUCAGCUUCGGUGACAAGCCUCCCAGGAUAAAUGGGGUGAAAGCCUACACCAAGAAGGUGGAUAAGAGAGAGGUCAUCCUGGAUAUACAGCUCAGUUACUCAGGGGACUGUGAGGUCAACAUUGAAGUGAAGAAAGUGUGUAAAGCUGGAGUGAAAGGUAUACAGCUGCAUGGGACCUUAAGGGUGAUCCUGGCUCCACUUCUUCCCAAUGUGCCUUUUAUUGGAGCUGUGACAAUGUUCUUCUUGCAUAAACCUCACCUGGAAAUAAAUUGGACGGGAUUAACAAAUAUUCUGGAAAUUCCAGGAGUCAGUGACAUGUCGGACACUAUGAUCAUUGAAAUGAUCGCAUCACACCUGGUACUACCCAACAGAUUGACCUUCCCUCUGGUGGGCAACGUGAAUGCGGCCCAGCUAAGAUUUCCUGUUCCGCAUGGUGUACUACGAAUCUACCUUAUUGAAGCCAGAAACCUGAUCCCAAAAGACACAUAUCUGAGAGGAAUCAUUAAGGGAAAGUCUGACCCCUAUGCUGUCCUGAAAGUUGGUACCCAGUGCUUCAAAAGCAAAACAAUCAAGGAAAACCUCAAUCCCAAGUGGAAUGAAUUUUAUGAGUUUGUGAUCCAUGAAGUCCCUGGGCAGGACCUGGAGGUGGAUCUUUUUGAUGAAGACCCUGACAAAGAUGAUUUUCUGGGCAGUAUGGUCGUCAACCUAGAAGGAGUAAUGAGGGACAGAGUUGUGCAGGAGUGGUUCCCGCUAUGUGAUGUAGUCAGUGGAAUGGUGCACAUGAAACUUGAAUGGCUUUCUCUACUAGCAAAUCAUGAAAAAUUAUUUGAAGCAGAUAAUAUGAGAUCCACGGCGAUGGUAAUCGUGUAUCUAGACUGCGCUUCCAAUUUACCUAAAAAUCAUUUGGAAUAUUCAAAUAAUGAAUAUGCAGCAAGAAGAAACCGAUCUACAAGUUCUCAAAAGCCUGAUAAGGACCCAAGCUCCUAUGUUUUUAUGUGUGUGGGAUCAAAGCGUGUGAAAAGCAAGACUCGUGCCAACACCAAGGACCCUGUAUGGGAACAAGCAUUUGCCUUCUUUAUUAAAGAUGUGUACAAAGAACAUCUCUAUCUUGAGAUUAAAGAUGAUGACAGGCAGUGCAUCCUGGGUAUGCUAGACAUCCCUCUGCAAAAGAUUCUGGGUGCCGAGGAUUUGACAUUGGACCAGAGAUUCCAGCUUACAAACUCAGGACCUAAUAGCUCCAUCACAAUGAAAAUUGUCCUGAGAGUUCUGUAUGUAGAAGAGCCAGAGCCUGACACUAUUUAUGCCGGUAUCAACUCCCUGAAACAUAUUCCUGUUUCUAUAAAGCGAGAACAUCAUGAGAAGCCCCCAAAACAUUCUAAUGAAAAUGCACCCAAGCAUUCCAACCAGACUCAUUCCCAGCACACUGUGCCGCAAUCUAAAGUGAUCCGCAAGGAUAGCACUGCUGGUGACAGUGUUCAGCCACUUAACCACAUAGAUGGGGAGUCAAGAGCUCAGAAAAGCCACAGUGACAGGAUCCCAAGCAAAGGCUCUGCACCCCGAACCCCUAACCUGAGGGCCCUGCACAGACUUGCCCCAAGUCUCAUCUCACUCAACUCUGUCGCUUCCUCUGUGUUUGACCUCACUGAUGGCGGUUCUGGAGAAGUGUCAGGAGAGAUCAGCAUCACUGUGCGCUAUGCAUCACUACGCCGCUGCCUUAUUGUGGAAGUUAACAGCUGCAGGAACCUGAUCCAGUGUUCAAAUAAUGGAGCGGACCCCUAUGUACGCAUUUAUCUGCUCCCUGAUAGAAGAUGGUCUAGUCGGAAGAAAACCACAGUGAAAAAGAAGACCCUAAAUCCACAGUACAAUGAAAGGUUUGAAUUUCUUGUUCCGAUAGAAGAUGCCAAAAAAAGAAUUUUAGACAUUGCUGUGAAACACAACCGAUCAUUUGGCUCUCAUGAGAGAAAGGAGCUUGGAAAAGUUCUCCUAGAUCUUUCAAAUGAGGAUGUGGCACAGGGAUUCUCACAAUGGUAUGAGCUAACACCAUCUGGUCAUCCCAGCUCCUGAUCGUAUUCAACUGCUCCCAGCAAGCAUCACCAAUAAAUGCAUAUAUUUACAGAAAUAUAGAGACUGAGCGUGUGCUGCACUUGUAUAUUUGUAAUUUAACUUAUACAUGAAUGAUUCUGUAUACAGUAUGCCGGCACAAUAAUCUCAGCUUUGUGUGAAAAUCUCUCAGGAAUAUCAUGGUCUGCGAACAGUGCCCUGGAUAUGUACAGAAGACACAGACGUCACCUAAUUUAUUUCUGUAUAUAGAGAGUACAGUGGGCACAUAGACUGCAGGAUGGUGGAAAAUUCUGCACCUGAAUAUUUGAAACACUGAAGUUCGCAAACUUGCUUUGCUCUCAGUUGAGAGAGACCUUGUACAAUGUCCGUAAUGAACAGGAUUGUAUCUGUUAAGCUUUGUGAGCACUUUAGUGGCGUAAGAGGAUUUUGCAUUGUCUUUGUCGUUUUUGCCUCAAUACAAAUGCAAAUAAGGACUCCAGAACUGUUUUUUAACCAAUAAAUUGGUGUACAUGACUUAUGUACAGAAGUGAAAUUGUACUGGGUACGAAAAGCAUGUUGCACCAAUUUCAGCUCCUUUUAAUUAUUCCUCAUGUGUUUCUCUGUGUUCAGAUUGUAAAGAUUUCCUUUCUUAAGCCGUUUUAAUAACUCAAUUACUGAGUAUCUGACUCACCUAUGCAAAGGUAAGUCUAUUACAUGUAAACUGAGGACAAGAGCUGAGAAACUCUUCUAUAUUGUACUUAAAAAGUCUUUGAGCAAGAGAUACAAAUAUUAAUUCUAUGAAUAAAUGCUUAUAGUUCUAUUUAAUAAUAAGGGAUCAAGAAAUAUUUUCUUAUUUAUUAACUCCGUCACACCACAGUAGAGAUUCUGAUGGUGUUGUGAUAAAUUAUUCACCAAAACUAGUUAAAUCCUUGGAACAGAUUGUGUCUCUGGGGCUUCCCACAUUGGUCAGUACAACACUGUUUCUCAUUUAAUAAAAUUAUUUUAAGAUUAAA